GAGUGAGUGUAUGAGUGAGUGAGGGAAGGAGGAAGGAGGGCAGAGCCGGAGAGAGUCAUUGAUCGAUCAGCCCAGCCUAGUCCCAAGAGAGUCUGAAGCUUCAGAGGAGAAACAACGUGACUGGAAUGGAGUGGGGUCUUCUGCUGUGGAUGCUUCUCACCUUAGUGGGAAAGACAUCAGCGGCGCCUGAGCAGUACAGCAGAGCAGUGGAUUGGUUGAGCAGGUAUGGCUACCUUCCUCCCCCUGACCCCCGCACGAGUAAACUGCAGACCAAAGAGGGGAUUGAGAAAGCCAUCCGUGUCAUGCAGAGAUUCGGCGGGGUCCCAGAAACUGGGGAACUCGACAGCGAAACUCUCAAGCUCAUGGCUACGCCGCGAUGCUCCCUCCCUGAUAUUGUUGGGAGUGAGGACAUGCUGAAGAGGAGGAGGAGGAGGAAGAGAUACGCCCUGUCAGGCCUUAAGUGGCAUAAGACAGACCUCACAUGGAGUGUCCACAGCUACCCAUCGCCCUCCACCUCACCCGGCAUGUCGAACGAUCUGGUGGACAACAUCCUGACUCACGCCUUCAAAGCCUGGAGUGACGCGGCCCCCUUGACUUUCCAUCAGCAAAGGAUUGACAGCAGGAGGGCAGAAGCUGGAGGGGACAUCAGAGUGACUUUUGCCCGCUUGCUUCACGACGAUGGGUACCCUUUUGACGGGCAGGGUGGCACCCUGGCCCACGCCUUCUUCCCCGGCAGGGAAGAAGUGGCGGGUGACACACACUUUGAUGAUCACGAGAUCUGGAGCUACGGAGGUCACAGCAGCAGCACAGACUUGUUCACAGUCGCAGUGCAAGAGUUUGGCCACGCGCUGGGUCUGUCCCAUUCCUCCACUGAUCCAUCCAUCAUGAGACCGUAUUACCAGGGUCCUGUGGGAGACAUUACCAACUAUCAGCUGGAUCUGGACGACAGGCUGGCCAUCCAGCAGCUUUAUGGUGUGAAGGACGGCAGACCACCAGGAGGUGUUGAUCCUGACGUCCCACGCCUGCCCAGCCCACCUCCACCAAGACCAACACAGCCCGCUGACCCCUCAUCCCACGAGCGCUGCAAAGGGGGCUUUGACGCAGUAGCAAACAUCAGGGGAGAGGUCUUCUUUUUCAAAGGUGCACACUUCUGGAGAACUAAGAGAGACGGGGAGUUGAUUUCACUCAAUCCGGCUCAGAUUAAAAACUUCUGGAUCGGCCUUCCGCCAGGAACAAACAAGAUCGACGCCGUGUACGAGAGGAAGAGCGACAGCAGCAUCAUCUUCUUUAUUGGACCUCAGUACUGGGUCUUCAAGGACACGGUGGCCAUGAGCGGCUACCCUCGGCCCCUCUCUGAAUGGGGCAUGAGGACAAAGAGCGGGGCGCUGGUGAACAGGGUGGACGCAGCCUUCGUCUGGGCCCACAACGGCAAGACCUACCUGUUCAGCGGUGGGGAGUUUUGGAGGUUUGACGAAAGCCGUAAGGGUGAACAGGUGAUCAGACAGCCAGAUCAGGGCUACCCGCGAGACAACAGCCUCUGGGGAGGAGUGCCCCCCGACAUGGAUGACAUCAUCAGCUGGGGAGAAGGAGAUGCCUACUUCUUCAAGGACAACCAUUACUGGGUGCUGAAGAACGGAGGCCUGAACCAAGAAGUCGUCACUCCGAAAUCCAUCGCUGUAGACUGGCUCAGAUGUCCAGCUCCGCCUGCGACCUCCGCUCCUCAACACCCAGGGAAGUGCAACUGUGACUUGAAGGGAUCAGCUUCGUUUGUAAGGAGCAACUGGCUCCUCCUGAUCUCUGUUUUAUUGGUCAUUCAGGAAUUUAUUAGAAAAUAGACACCUGAGUAUCCAGCAGUGGCUGCAGGCUGCUUUUUACCACUUCCCUUAUUCUAAUGGAGGGUUAAAGAGGCUCCUCAAAUCACCACACACUCACAGUACAUUACAACCCACAAGCUGGUUUCAAAUUACAUACUACUGUCAUAAAAAUGUUAAUAUCUGCCUUUUACUUUAGCAUAAGGCACGUUACUGUAAAUACCUUGCCUUAUCAGAGCAUAUUGCUGACCUGUGAAAACAGUUUAUUUUGUGUCUGUCAUCCUGCCAUAUAAUUUCAACCCCUUCCUGUUUAGAGAGUAAUGGAUCAUGUGGAGCCUGUAUUAGAGAAUGCCUGGAAAUCUGACACUGAAAUGCAGCACAUGGGCUAUUUCCUCAUAAUGAGGUCUUAUGCAACCACCUUUUGUUUGGACAGUUAACAGUCAACACACCCACACUGAAGUGCAACAUUUUUUGAAAUUCAGAGCACAUUUGUGCACAUGCAUUUACACAGUGCAAACAGAAAUCGGGCAAAUUGAAUGUGCAGAUUGCAAUGCGGUUUGUCGUCGCCCCAUUUUUGUGUUUUCGAGUUUGAUUUUGUACAUGUGAAUGAUUUUCGCUCACAGACUUUGGAAUGAUCAAGAGGAGAAAUUACCUUUUUGUUGACAUUACGCUUAUAUUAUUAUGCUCACUGACAGUAUUAACGCAAAGGUCCUGCAAACAGAGAUGUGGACUCAGUGAGGUUGAAAGAAACCAAUUGUUUACUUGGCAAAUGUUCACAGCAGAGUUUAUCAACUGGUACUCAAUCAGUUGGGGCAAACAAAGUGGCCCCACCUAUUGAAAAUAACUGGAGGCUGAUAAUAACUGUAUUCAAGAGGCUGUGGCGUGCUCAUUUUUUAAGCUAGCACAAAGGUGGCAUCGUGUGAAACACUGGUACCAGCCAUGUUGACAUAGCUUUUAGGGGACGGGGCUAAACUAUGCUCUCAAAACAGGCAACAUUUUGGCGAGGGCACAACGGACGUGGCCAUUUUCAAAAGGCUCCCUUGAAUUCUCAUUUCAGGAUAUCUGAAUGAAGAUCGGUUCUGUGGCUACCCAAGAGUCUCCCUUAAACUUGAGGAGGCUUGUUCCCAGGAAAUGUUUUGUUCCUUGCAAUCAAUGUACUCCUUCAAACGAAAGCUUUAUAUUUGAGGACAAAGGGACAACCAGCCUAUUUGAAAAGCAAUUAAUCACCUAACAUGUGUACACAAUUACGUAACAAAUCAAAACAGGAUUGCUGAGGAAUUCAGAGUGUUAACUGUAUUAGUCUAUGCACAUCACACAGUUAUCAGUAUGGGAUUCCUUAUUGCUCCUUAUUAACAUAGUUUUGACUAUAUACUUCAACAGCAUUAAUAAUUCCCAAAUGUUAGUUAUGGCUUUUGGUUUUCAUGCCCCACCCCAUCGUUUUCAAUUGCCCUAUUUGGCCACCCCUAUGACAGAUUUCUUGGGGCACCACUGGCAAGGAGCGAACAGGUUUCUGGGAUGGGAAUGGGAUUGCUUUUUCAUAUUGUAGUUAUUUUACAAUGAUGUAACUAUCAUGCAAUCCCAAAAAUGUUGGGACGCUGUGUAAAAUGUACAUAGAAACAGAAGGCAAUGCUUUGCAAAUCCUUUUCAACGUAUAUCAAAUUGAAUAAAAUACAAAGACGAGAUAUUUCAUGUUCAAACUUUUUGUAAAAUAUACACUUAUUCUGAGUUUGAUGUCACAUUUCAAAUAGUUUUUUGGAAACCAUGGACAUCAUGUUCUCUGGGCUAAAGGGGAAAAGAGCUAUCUAUGUUCUAACCAUCUUAAAGUUCACAGUCAGCAUCUGUGAUGGUAUGGAGGUAUGCUAGUGCCGAUGGCAUCAUGGGUCACCUGCAUAUCUGUGAAGGCAUCAUGCAUACUGAAAGGUACAUACAGGUUUUAGAGCAUCCAGAUGAGGUCUUUUUCAGGUUCGUCCCUGUUUAUUCCAGCAAGACAGGACAUUCUGCACUUAUUACGACAGCGUGGCUUCGCAGUAAAGAAUGUGGGUACCAGACUGGCCUGCCUGCAGUGCACACCUGUCUCCCACUGAAAAUGUGUGGCGCAAUAUGAAGCACAAAUACGACAGCAGAGACAGUGGACUGUUGAGCAAGUGAAGCCGUAUAUCAAGCACAAAUGGGAAAGAAUUUCACUUUAAAAACUUCAACAUUUAUCGUCCUCAGGUCCCAAAUGCUUACUGAGUGUUGUUAAAAUGAAAGGUGAUGUCACACACGCUGCUGUCACAACUUUUUUUUUUUUAAAUGUGUUGCAGGCAUCAAAUUCAGAUUGA